AAAGGGGCUCCUGCGGCGGCCCCCCCGGACCCCUUGGCCACCAUUCUUACGCUCCUGCUCCCGCGGGGGGGAUGUCGCGGCCCGGGCUUCAAGCGCCACCCCAGCUCCGGGGCUGAGCUCCGGACCAUGUCCUCCCGCAGCCCCCGGCCCCCGCCCCGCCGCUGCCGCCGCCGCCUGCCGCGCCCCUCCUGCUGCUGCUGCUGCUGCCGCCGCUCGCACCUCAACGAAGACACCGGUCGCUUCGUGCUGCUGGCGGCGCUCAUCGGCCUCUACCUGGUGGCGGGCGCCACCGUCUUUUCGGCGCUCGAGAGCCCCAGCGAGGCGGAGGCGCGGGCGCGCUGGGGCGCCACGCUGCGCAACUUCAGCGCGGCGCACGGCGUGGCCGAACCGGAGCUGCGCGCCUUCCUCCGGCACUACGAGGCCGCGUUGGCCGCCGGGGUCCGCGCCGACGCGCUGCGCCCGCGCUGGGACUUCCCGGGCGCCUUCUACUUCGUGGGCACCGUGGUGUCGACCAUAGGUUUCGGCAUGACCACUCCUGCCACUGUGGGUGGGAAGGCCUUCCUCAUCGCCUACGGCCUGUUUGGCUGCGCGGGCACCAUCCUGUUCUUCAACCUCUUCCUGGAGCGGAUCAUCUCGCUGCUGGCCUUCAUCAUGCGCGCGUGCCGGGAGCGCCAGCUGCGCCGCAGCGGCCUGCUGCCGGCCACCUUCCGCCGGGGCUCGGCGCUGUCGGAGGCCGACAGCCUGGCGGGCUGGAAGCCCUCGGUGUACCACGUGCUGCUCAUCCUGGGCCUGUUCGCCGUGCUGCUGUCGUGCUGCGCCUCGGCCAUGUACACCAGCGUGGAGGGCUGGGACUACGUGGAUUCGCUCUACUUCUGCUUCGUCACCUUCAGCACCAUCGGCUUCGGGGACCUGGUGAGCAGCCAGCAAGCCGCCUACCGGAACCAGGGACUCUACCGCCUGGGCAACUUCCUCUUCAUCCUGCUCGGCGUGUGCUGCAUCUAUUCGCUCUUCAACGUCAUCUCCAUCCUCAUCAAGCAGGUGCUGAACUGGAUGCUGCGCAAGCUGAGCUGCCGCUGCUGCGCGCGCUGCUGCCCGACGCCCGGUGCGCCCCUGGCCCGGCGCAACGCCAUCACCCCGGGAUCGCGGCUGCGCCGCCGCCUGGCCGCGCUGGGCGCCGAUCCCGGGGCUCGCGACAGCGACACCGAGGGCCGCCGCCUGUCGGGCGAGCUCAUCUCCAUGCGCGACCUCACCGCCUCCAACAAGGUGUCGCUGGCGCUGCUGCAGAAGCAGCUGUCCGAGACGGCCAAUGGCUACCCGCGCGGCGUGUGCGUCAACACGCGCCAGAACGGCUUCUCGGGCGGCGUGGGCGCGCUGGGCAUCAUGAACAACAGGCUGGCCGAGACCAGCGCCUCCAGGUAGACCAGCGCCGCCCGGCGCGUUUGCUUCUCUUCUCUCAGAGCUGGCGCGUUCUUAAUCCUUAUCCAAUAAAGUGAAACCA